AUGCAGCCGCCCGAGGCCGGCCGGCCCGUGGUCCAGUUCCGCCACUGUGGGAAGGAGGUCUUUGGCUUCCGAGUGCCCGAACUUUGCCCCGUGUGCCGGCGGCCCCUGAGCUUCGGGAAGCUGGACGAGGCCCCCGUCAGCAUCGCCACCCCGCUAAGCAGCGGGCACCGAGAGCGCUGCGCCUUCCUGCUCAGGCCCACCCGAGGGACCUUCCUCAGGGACUACAAUGGAAAUGCUGAUCUCCAUGUUGGAAUAACUAAUACAUGUGGAAUUGUGUAUAAUUACAAUGAACAAGGAGUCCACAGAGAUGAAGCUGGGUGGGAACAGAGUAUAAGUAUUCCACUAUUACAGCCCAACAUGUUUGGCCUGAUGGAUCAAUGGGACAAAUAUCUGGAAGAAUUCUCUGCAACAGAUGCCUGGUCUCCAAACAGGUAUGACGAACAUUGCCACAACUGUUAUACUUUUGCCCUGACAUUCAUUAAUUAUAUACUGACAACAGAAGGGAAGCACCAAUUGGACAGAGAUGAAUUCACUGAGAAAUUUGUGGUACCGAGGUCGAGGAGAGCUUCUAAGUACAUCACUCUGUACCGGGCAAUAGAAGAACAUGGUUUCUACAUUACUGAUCGCCUUGAUUCUGAUACAAACCUUUUGUAGGGGAACAAUUUAUGGAUGAAAUUUUUAAACGCACAUCUCUGCCAACAAGGAAGAUGAAGUUUGGAGAGCAGCUAUACGAGGGAUCGAUUCCUGAACAAAUUUUAGUCUGCUGUACAUUGGGCUACCAUGACUGAAGAAUUCACUAUUUGGUGGCCAGUCUACUGGUCAUGAGCCUUCUUAUAAGCAGUCUAGUUCUUAGGCACAAUCACCAGUACCAUACUUGAAGUCUAUCCUGCAUGGCAUAUCCUGCCAGAACUUUUGCUUUUUUGGUCUCUCCUUCAAGAAUCUAGAAUAACCUCCCUGCCAUGAUGAGGUCGUGGCUAGAAUUUGAUCUUUAUUUUAAAUUGUGUUGUUGAUAUUUCUAUUUCUAUAACAAUCAUUAUUGCUCUUAAUAGUACUGAACUGUACCUUUUAAAAAAUAAAUUUUUAUUAAUAUUUUGUUUCUUAGUAUUCCAUAGUAUUCUAAAUAUUUCUCCUCCAUCUAGCUGUCCCAUGGCACCAUCCAUAUGACAAGUUUUUUGUUUUGUUUUUUUUUAGAGAGAAAAAGUCAGCAUAAUUUGCUGAUGCAUUGAAAAAGUCCCAAACCAUAUGUGAUGUAUAAUGCUUGUGGGACCUCUCACCUUCACAAGUGGGUAGAUGGAGGUGGCUUCUCUUAUCUCAUCAUUUCGGUCUGAACCUUACUUACCUUUUUUAGCAAAUAAAAAGUUAAAAACAA